AUGGAUUUUCAAAAUCGAGCUGGUGGAAAAACUGGAAGUGGAGGCGUUGCUUCGGCGGCUGACGCGGGAGUUGAUCGAAGGGAAAGAUUGAGACAACUCGCGCUUGAAACAAUCGAUUUGAACAAGGAUCCGUAUUUUAUGCGGAAUCACAUUGGAACUUAUGAAUGCAAAUUGUGUCUGACGCUUCAUAAUAAUGAAGGAUCGUAUUUGGCGCAUACUCAAGGAAAAAAGCAUCAGGCGAAUUUGGCACGCCGCGCGGCGAAAGAAGCUUCCGAGCAGCCGUUUUUGCCGGCUCCGCAACAGACGAAAGUCGAAGUGAAGAAAUUUGUGAAAAUUGGACGGCCCGGUUAUAAGGUGACACGCGAACGCGAUCCGGCCACCGGCCAACAGGCGUUGCUCUUCCAAAUCGAUUAUCCGGAAAUCGCCGACGGAAUCGCGCCGCGACACCGAUUCAUGUCGGCGUACGAGCAGAAGAUUCAGCCGCCUGACAAGAGAUGGCAGUAUUUGUUGUUCGCCGCUGAGCCGUACGAGACGAUUGCAUUCAAGAUUCCAUCGAGAGAAGUCGACAAAUCUGAAAAAUUCUGGACGAUGUGGAAUAAGGACACAAAACAAUUUUUCCUUCAAGUUGCGUUCCGUUUGGAACGACAUGAAGAGCAAUCAAUGUAUUACUAA